CGGAGGUGGCUGCAGGCGGGGACAGGCGAGCGCUGCGUCUCCACGCACAGCCAGACGGAGCCGCCACUGCGGAGCUGCAGCCCAGCUCCCUGCGCAUCUCCCGGCAUCCACGCUGCGCCAUGGCCAAGGCCAUCGUUGUCCGGUCCGACCUCGGCCUCGUCUUCUGGCUCGCCUGCCUCCUGCCCUUGGGCCCAGCGGGGGUGGCCGCAGGUCUCUAUAAUCUCAGUCUUACUACUGAUGGUCCUGCUACCAUGGGCACGGAAGUGACUAUCUCAGCCAGCCUGGUGGUCAAGGACAAUGGCAGCCUGGUCGUGCCUGCAGACUCCCACCUCUACCGUUUCCACUGGAUCCACACACCACUGAUGCUCACUGCCAAGACUGAGAAGAACCUAACCUCAACCAUCCGUGUGGUGGGCAGCACACCCGGGGAAUUCUCAGUCUCUGUCUGGGUCACUGCUGUCGACUGCUGGAUGUGCAAGCCAUUAGCCAGGAGCGCCCUGCUUGUCCCCAUCAAAGAGUCCCUCGUGGGAAACCUAGUCAUUACCCAAAACACCUCCCUGACUUGGCCGAACGCCUACAUCACCAAGAAAACCCUUCGGCUCUCCUUUCUCCUCCACGACCCAAGUGAUUUUUUCAAGUUGGCUUCCUUCUUCUACCGAUGGGACUUUGGAGAUGGCACCUUGUUGAUAUCUGACAACCCUGUGGUGUAUUACAACUACUCAAGUGCUGGAACCUUCACGGUGAAAGUCAGGGUGGUGGCAGAAUGGGAGCAGGUAAAGCCAGACAACAAGAAGGGCAUCGUGCAGAAGACCGGCGACUUCUCAGCAUCCUUAAGGCUGCGGGAGAUGCUUCAAGGCAUGCAGGUUUUGGGGCCUACCCUCAUGCAGACGUUCCAAAAGAUGACAAUGACCAUGAACUUCUUUGGGAGCCCACCUCUGCAUGUGUGCUGGGGCCUCAAGCCGGAAUGUCUCCCCCUGGAGGACAGAGAGUGUCAUCCUGUGUUGCUGACCCGAACAUCUUUUAACCUGAGCCACAUGUUCCAGGACCCCGGGGACUACUGCUUCAUCUUCCGUGCUGAGAAUGCCAUCAGCAAGACUCACCAGUACCACAGGAUUCAGGUGUGGCCUUCCAGCUUCCAGCCGUUCGUCUUUGCUUUCCCUUGCGCCACCCUGAUCACUGUGCUGCUGGUUUUCGUCAUGUACAUGACGGUGCGGAACGCGACUCAACAGAAGGACGCGGUGGAGAACCCGGAGACCUCGGGCCUCAGGUGCUGCUGCCAGGUGUGCUGCGGCUCCCUCUUCCUGGACUCGCCGUCCGAGUACCUGGAAAUCGUCCGCGAGAACCACGGGCUGCUCCCACCCCUCUACAAGCCUGUGAAAACCUACAACGUGUGAACCCCCCCCCGCCCCGAACCUCUCAGUAUUCGCUGAUCACCCGUUGGGAGCUCCAGGCAGGGUGGCUACUGAGCAGGAGGGGUGUCCGCAGGUGUGGCCGUUUGCCCAGACUGGUCAUGGAGCUGUAGAGACCAACUGUUGUCAUUCGUCCUUUGUGUCACCCUCCCAUCUGUGCAGUCCAGUCACUGUUGUGAGCUUUUCCCAGUCACCCUCCUACCCCUCUCCAGAGCAGGAUUCUGAUAUCCGGUGUGUUGUAUAAGAUUCUCCCAAGUGGGCCUGCCUGACCCUCACCCGUUGCUUUCGCGUUAGCGCGCAUUUUGCUCCCUGGAGUUUCAUGAGGCCUUCAGCCAUGCAGCUCUGCGCGAACCAGAGAGAACUAGGAGGGAGGUCACGCAAGGUAAGGAUGCACAGUGAACGGUAACACACGCUCAGACGGCCACGCGUACAGCAAGGAAGGAUAUGCACGGAGGUGAUGGAGCAUCCCAGAUGAUUUGCUGUGUAUCUGUAGGGCUUGAUGCUGGGAUGGACCUGAACUAGAACUCAGAUUCGGCACGGCUUCUGCAGUUCCGUUACCAGGCUGUUCUACUCUGUGCCUGAUUGCUGGAAGCUAAGUAGGGGAAGGGGGCCAGAUUUAACACCCCGUGAGUGCAGAAUGCCUUAUAAAUGGACUCUCUUUCGUUGAAACCCCUAAGAUCAAUGUCCAAUGAGGGGGGGGAAGAAUUGGAACAAAAAGAAAGCAUGGGCUAGUGAGGACUUGGGUUCUCUUUCUCUCCCUCUUCUCCUUUGCCUUCCCCCCUCUCUCUGUGUGACUUUGCUCAGUCAGUUGCUUUCAAGGUAGCAGAAGGAAGAAGCAGGAGGCAAAAGUUGCCUUGAAAGAUAAGUAGAAGCCUGGUGUGGUGGCACACACCUUUAAUCCCAGCAUUGAGGAGGCAAAGGCAGGCAGAUCUGUGAUGAGGGUUCAAAGUCUGCCUGGUCUACAUAGUGAGUUCCAGGACAUCCAGAGCCACAUAGGGAGUUCCUGCCUCAGAAAAAAAGGGAAGAGACAAAGAAGGAAGGAAGGAAGGAGGGAGGGAGGGAGGGAAGGAAGGAAGGAGAAAAAGAAAGAGAAAAGAAAGAUGGUAAGUAGGUACAGCUGUAAGGACCCAGGCUCACCUGGGUACCUAGCAUACUAGGGCAGCCUGCACCUGCUGGAUGGUUUGUAACAGGCACACACAUCCAGGCAUGCCAGGGAAGCCUGCACCUGUUGGACAAGGAUGGUCAAGACUGUAAAGACGAUCUCUGUCAGUGUAACUGUUGGCCCUUGGACAUCCUGCUGAAAUAGUGUUGUUGUACCAUUCCUCCCCAUUACAUACUGCCAUUGUUCCUGAAUAAAAGCUUCACCAAGCA